UUCAAUCGCGUGCGUUUACCAAAGUGCUACGCAUUUCAUAAAUAUGUGAUGCCGAAUGCGAUAAGAGGAAAUGAAAAUUGUAAAUUGCCGUGUAAAUUUAUAUAGUUCACUGGUUCGAUAACAGCUCAAAAGUAAUUUUUUCACGAGGUUUUCGACUGAGCUCCGAUAAUGUCGAACCUCAUAAUAUUGUUUCUCGCUGUUAUAGCAGUGAUAGAAACUGUUCCAGCUCAAUCAUUGGACUUAAAUAAAAUUUUGGAAUUGAUACAGCAACAACGACUUAAUUCGGGAUCAAGUAAGCAGGGCAGAAUUCAGCUUCGUCAAGAACCUAUAGAAGCAGAUUCCGAUUCAGAUGACGAUAGCCUUAGUGAAUCAGAUGACGAUGAUGCUUCUGAUAAUAAUCGUCUUGAAAGGCUAAGAAAACAAAGUAUAAUAGAUUUAAUAGAAAAAGUAGCAAAUGAAAAAAAUGAUAGACAUAGAAAUAAUGACCGUAAUUCGUACCUUAGUGAAAAAUCUAAUUUAGGACCUAUACUAUUAGGCAGUAAUAGUGAUAAGCGUGACAAUUCUGAUGGUGCUAACAACCUACAGAAAGAUAUUCUUGAUAAAUUAUUUUCGAAAAGUUUAAUUGAAGAAGAACGCAAAGAAAAACAAAGAGUUGGCUACCAAAAACAGAAACGCUUAUCGCCCGCUUUGAAUUUAAAUAAAUUAAACAAUUAUAAAAAUGAUGCACUAAAAGGUCUUGGAGAUUAUUCUAAAAUAUAUAUAGUUUUGAAUCCUCAAGCCGCUCAAAGAAGCAAGAACAAGAAUGCACUUAAUGAUUUGAUUUCCAAAGUACUUUUGGUGUCUGGGUCUUCAUCGAAAAUGUCUCGUCCAGUGAAUAAGAAGCCCCGUCGCUACAAAGGAUUUGUUCUAGACGACCGUGCAAGGCGGUCCAGGUCAUACAGAAAGAAUUAUCGAAGAGAUUCAAUGGGCGAUGAUUAUGGUCGGAAAAGACCACGAAAUGGUGGCAACCCGGCUGGACACACGUCUAUACCAUACAUACGUCAUAGAGGAGACAUAUACGAGAGGGAUGAUUAAAUUAAUUCCUUUUUAUAUAUUAAUCUGGUUCUCCUAUUAAAAAAAUAAAUUAUAUUUUUAUGUAUAUCUACGACAUGAUGUGUCAAAACUGGAAACACCUUUUUAAUAAAGAUUUUAGGCAUUGUAAACAUUUAAGUAUAGAACUGGUAUUCAAUAAACUGACCAUCUUCCCGAUUAAUAUUAUGAUCAU